CAUGGUGAGGGCGCGGGAGCUCACCCCUGCCUCGCGGCCAUCUCCCGCCGGCUUGUCCGAGGGCGCGCCCGCUCCGCUCCCGACGGCCAAGGGCGCCCCCUUUCCUGACGCAGCGCACAGGGCAGCCCGUCGGCCUCCGGAGAGCGGCGGCGAGCGGGUCCGAGGAGCACCGGGCUGCGGCUGGGGCGCGUUCUCUGCCCCGACCACCGCCCUCCCCGCCGAGCAAAGCCCCUACAGUCCCCGACGCCCGCGUGGAGAGUGGCCCAGAGAAGGCGCCCGGCCCGCCGCUGCUUCGCCCAAAGUUGCGGAAGCCCGAGCCCCCGCGGUGGGCUGGAGAGACGCGACGCGCUGCAGCUUGAGGAAGACUGUCCUCGGGCAACUGGCUCCAGGAGACAGAAGGUAAGAGUGAAGACACAUAUUGAAGUCAACAGGGCCACAAGAUGGAAGAAGCCAUGGUCCCUGAGUCACUGCAUGGCUUCAUGCUGCCAGAAGUAGCCCAAUCCAUGUGAAACUGUGACAUAAGAAAAACAGAAACUUUUAUUGUAUCAAGCAUUGAGAUACUGGGUUUCUUCUUACAGCUAAUGAUAAUUGCCCUGACUGGUACAUUUCACUGAGGAUAUAAAGUGCAUUAUACUAUAAACUCAUCUUUGGACUUUUUAAAAAUAGGCUCAUUGCAGUAUGAAUGACUUAUAAUAAACUGCACAUAUUCGAAGAUUAGUAAAUGAUGUGUCCACAUACUGUAUAUCCAUGAAACCAUAACCACAAUCAAAAUAACAAUCAUUUCUCUUACCCACAGUUGUCUCCUCGUUUCCCCUCUGAAAUCCUUUCCUUUCUACCCCUCCUUCCUCUCCACCCCCAUGUUUGCAUUUUCUAGAAUUUUUAUAUAAAUGGACUUAUACAGUAUCUAGUCUUUUUUCCAGCAUCUUUCACACAGCAUGGUGGUAUUGAGAUUCAUCCAUUUUGAUGAGUUUAUCAAGAGUCUGUUCAUUUCUGAAGUAUUCUGUCAUACAGGUGCACCAUAUUUAUUCAUCCUGCUGAUGGACAUUUGUGUUGUCCUUUGGACUAUCCCAAGGACACUAAAAUUUUUUCCUGUAUUUUCUUUCAUAAGUUUUAUGCUAUCAGCUCUUAUGUUUAGGUCCAUGAUCCAAAGGUAUGAGGUAUGGUAAUUAAGGUUUGUAUUUUUGCACAUGGCUCUCCAACUGUUCCAGCACCAUUUGUUGAAAAGAUUAUUCUUUCCCUGUGGAAUUGCCUUGGCAUGCUUGUCAAAAAUCAAUUGACUAUACAUGUGUGAGUUCCUAUUAUGUUCCUUUGAUAUAUAUCUUUGAUACACACACACACACAAAUCUACACUGAUGUAGUGUACUUCACACUGUCUUGAUUAUUUUAACUUUCUAAAAAGUCUUAAAAAUCAGUAGUUUAAGAUUUUUCAAAUGGUUCUCCUUCAAAAUUGUUGUGGCUAUUUUAAGUCUUUCAAUUCCAUACAAAUUUUAUUUCUAUACACAUUUUAGAUUCAGCUCACAAAUUUCUGCAAAAAAAAAUCUUGCUGAGGUUUAGGUUGGGAUUCAGUUGAAUCUGUAAAUCAAUUUAGAGAGAACAUCUUAAUAUUGAGCCCUCCAAUCCAUUAGCAUGGUACAUCUCCCCAUUUUAGGUACUUUUAAAUUUCUCUUAGCAGUUUUUUGUAGUUUUCAGUGUAUGGGUCUUGCACAGCUUUUGUCUAAUUUAGUCUUAAGUAUUUCAUAUUUUUGGAUGCAACAGUGUCUUAGUCAACUCAGGCUGUUUUAACAGAAUACUACAAACUGGGUGACUUAAAAACAACAGGAAAUUUCUCACAGUUCUGGAGGCCAGAAGUCCAAGAUCAUGGUGCUAACAUGGUUGGGUCUAGUGAGAGUCCUCUUCCUGGCUGCAGACAGUGGACUUGUAAUGUCCUCAUAGUGUAUGCUGAGUGAGCUUAGGUCUUUCACUGCCUUAUAAGGGCACUGACUCCAUUCAGGAAGGCUCCAACCUCAUGGCCUAAUUACUUUCCAGGGGCCACACCUCCCAGUCACACUGGAGAUUAGAUGAAUUUGGGGGGAGGGGUGUAGACACAAAGAGUCCAUAACAAAUAGUAAAUGGUACGUUUUAAUUUAUUUUCUGGUUGUUCAUUGACAGUAUUUGGACAUAAAAUUUAUUUUGACAUAUGGAUCUUGUACCCUAUAACCACACUGUAUUCAUAAUAAGUUCUUAUAACUUUUUCAUAGAUUAAAGAUUUUCUACUUAAUCAUGUCAUCUGUUAUUACUUCUUCCUUUCAUAUCAGUAUGUCUUUUGUUUCUAUUUCUUGCCUUUUGCUAUGGCUAAGUCCUCUAGAAAAAAAUGUUAAAUAGAAGUGAGAGUGCAUAGCCUUGCUUGCUCCUUAUCUCAGAAGGGAAGAAUUUGCCAAGUGUGAUAUUACCUGUAGGUUUUUUAUAGAUGCCUUUGAUCAGGUUGAAGAAGUUCCCAGCUAUUCCUGGUUUGUGGAGUGUUUGGUGUUUUGUUUUGUUUUUUAAUCAAGAUUGGAUAUUGAAUUUUGGCAGAUACUUUUUCUUACGUUCAUACGGUUUUACUUUUUAACUCAUUUAAUAUGGUGGAGCAAUAGUUUAUUCUUCAGUGUUAAAUAAACCUUACAUUCCUAGGACAAAGGUUACUUCAUCAUCAUGUAUCACCUACUGUUAAUCCCACUUAGUGUAUUUUUCAUCUCUCAUACAUUAGAUUUUUCAUCUUUAAAAGUUUUAUUGGGGUGUUCCCAUUGUGACUCAGUGGUAAUGAACCUGACUGAUAUGCUUGAGGACUCAGGUUA